CUGUCUGGAGGGAGGGAAAAAAAUACAUAAAAACGAACAAAGAGAUCUAUUUAUUGCGGGGUAUGGUAGCACACACCUUUAAUCUCAGCUACUCCCCCGGGAGGCAGAAGCGGGUCGAUCUCGGCCUGUGAUUUACACAGCGAGUUCCCGGCCAGCAAGUCCCAAUAGUGAGACAUUAUUGUUUUUAUUUAUGUACGUGUGCCUCGGGAAGGUUAUGUUCACCAUCUGCGUGCAGGUGCCUGAAGAGGCCAUGGGAGUCAGAUCUGGAACUGCAGUUAGAGGAUGUUGCGGGUGCCAGGAACUGGCCUUGUGUCCUACGAAAAGCAGGAGGGGCUCUUAACCGCGCAGCCAUCUCUCCAGCCUAGUGUUAGCUUUUGAGGGUGUUUGCUUGUUUGAGAAAGGCUCACUCAUACUUUAUUCCCAUCUGGUCUUAAACUGUAUGUGGUUCAUACAGUUCAGUUUGGCCUAGAACUCAGCCACACAAGUCUUCAAGGGCCUCUUGACAUCUCAGGCCAUUCCAGCAUAGAUGUGGUAGGAAUCUUGGUAACACUGGCCUCACCUGUGAUAAGAGUUUGUAUGGUAUUUAUGUUCACAAAAUGGGUUUAUCUCAACAUUUUUGUUGCCACUAGAUAUUUUAUUUAGUGUCAGUUGUCCCGUCCCCUGCUUUACAAUGUACACUUAUCGUUUUAUCUCCAUUAUAAUGUAGCUAAGUAAGUGGGAGAGUGUUUGCCUAGCAUGCUUCAUACUCCGCUCUUGGAAACAACUGGAUAUCCCAAAGUUGAAAGUGACAGCUCCUGCCUAGUGUCUGCAGUUCUACAGGACUGUGAUAGUACAUAUCACCAGUAGAUGGUAGUCAAGUCAGAAAACAACAAAAAACCCUGGCAUGGUGUCAGUGAACUUCCAGUUCUCACACAGGAUGAUACCUCCACUUUUCCUGUGCUUCUGUUGCCCUGUCUCUGUAGCUGAGGUGGAGUGGUUCUCUGAGGAUAGUUCUCCAGCCGUUAUUUCCUCAGUUCUAAUUAGAUAACAGGUGGUCUUGUUACAGCGUUAAAUGUGAAGACACAGGCACUGUGUAGGGAAGGGCUGUGCUCCACUUCCUGGGGCUAUGUUCUGGUGGAGAGACAGAAAAACAGCAGUUACAUUACUGUGGUAGGUGUUGCAAGUAGGCCAGCUUGAUCUAGAGAGGGAGUUCUAGGACAACCGAAGCUACACAGAAACUCUGUCUUGAAAGGCCAAAAAGGAAAAAACUACUGGCGUGUACAGUCAGCCUCUAGACUAGUCUAGGGGAGGUCAUCAUGUAGGUUUGCCUGGAGAGGAAAUUAUAGAAGCAAGCCUCAGGAGGAGGAAGGGGAGAUAGUGUUUGUAGCAUAGGAAAUAGCAUGUAUGCAAGCCUGAAGGUGAGGUGAAGCAAGCCAGCCACAUCUGAGGAUCUGUAAGAUUCAGUGUGACUAACAGUUGUGGAAAUGAUGGGUAAGGGGGGCUCCCUGACCCCAAACUUACUGUUCACUCAUGACAGUCAGUCUCUGCUGGCCACUGAGCACACGUUAGUAGGCUGGUAAACACAGCUCAUUGUUAAAUAGUCUAGAGAGAUACCAUUCAAGGGAACCCUAUUAAGAUAGAUAGGGAUGGUAACGGGAAAGUGUUGUUGGAACAGAGGCAUGUGAAAUAAAAAAACAAGGCUUUUGGUUAAAACAGCCCUAGCUUGAGGUCUUUCGAAUAGUACUGAGUAAAAUAGGGCAUUCACGAGGUGGCUUGUGACAAGCUCUUAGCAGUUGGGAGGAGCUCAGUUGUACAGUGCUUGGAUGACGACCCUAGCUGUGGCCUCCAGCAGCAUCACAAAAAACCAAAGUUCUUAUCUUGGAAUCUAUCUUGGAAUCUUCCUAAAAGUCUGCAGAAUUUGUUAACCCACCUUGCCUUGGGCUAGGGGUGUUGCCUAGAUAGAUCCCUACUCCUUCAAGGCCCUGGGUGUGAUGGCAAUUUCGUAUAAAGCUGCUGGGGAGGUGGAGUCAGGAUGAUCAGAAGCUCCAGAAAGGUCAUCCUCUCCUAGAUAGCAAGUUUGAGGCCAACCUGGGCUACAGAAGAGCCUAUCAUAGGGGAAAGUACCUUGCCUUUUCCGUGCCAGCAAUUCAUAGCCUGCUGUGACCUCUCAGUUCCCAGAAGCAUGUUGAUUAUGGAAGAUUCCCACAAGAGUAACACUUCAGAGACUGCACCUCAGCCUGGUUCAACAGUUCAGGGAACUCACAUUUCUCAGAUAGCCCAUCAGGUGUCAUCUUUAUCAGAAAGUGAGGAGUCUCAGGACUCAUCUGACAGCAUAGGCUCCUCACAGAAAGCCCACGGGAUCCUGGCUCGGCGUCCAUCUUACAGAAAAAUUUUGAAAGACCUCUCUUCUGAAGAUACACGGGGCAGAAAAGGAGACGGAGAAAGUCCUGGUAUUUCCGCUGUCACGUCUAUGUCUGUUCCAACCCCCAUCUAUCAGACCAGCAGCGGACAAUACAUUGCCAUUGCCCCAAACGGAGCCUUACAGUUGGCCAGUCCAGGCACGGAUGGAGUGCAGGGGCUGCAGACACUAGCCAUGACAAAUUCCAGCAGUGCUCAGCAAGGGACAAUCCUCCAGUACGCACAGACUUCGGAUGGACAGCAAAUCCUCGUCCCGAGCAACCAGGUGGUCGUGCAGACUGCAUCAGGAGACAUGCAGACCUACCAGAUCCGAACCACACCGUCCGCCACUUCACUGCCACAGACUGUGGUGAUGACUUCUCCUGUGACUCUUACAUCUCAGACAACAAAGACCGACGACCCCCAACUGAAAAGGGAAAUACGGCUGAUGAAAAACAGAGAAGCUGCCCGAGAAUGCCGCCGGAAGAAGAAGGAGUACGUCAAGUGCCUGGAGAACCGAGUCGCCGUCCUGGAAAACCAAAAUAAAACUCUCAUAGAAGAGCUAAAAACUUUGAAGGAUCUUUAUUCUCAUAAAAGUGUUUGAUUCUCUAAAGAGAAAGUAUUUUUAUGGACUUGCUUUAAAGUGAGGUGGAUUUCUUUUUAGUGGAGUUUUAUAAAUUCAGAGGUCAAAGAAGCUACUUUGUAUUAGGUUUUUACAGCGUGAAGUUGACAGAGGGUGAGUGGAGAUGAGCAGGAGGAAGCUGCUGCCAGGACUGGAAGAUGGGGGAGACUCCAGGAAAUGGACUUCAGCGGUGGACACUUAGACGGCGUCCAGCCAGAAGCGGCGGCAGCGGCAGCGGCG